AUGAAUAAAAUAAAUAAUCAAUUAAAUUAUUUAAAAUUAGGUAUUCAAUUAUCAAUAAUUACUAAAGCACAAUAUCGUUAUGAAGGUAUAUUAGCUGGUAUUAAUUUAAUAGAUAAUACAUUAAUAUUAAAAAAUGUAAAAUUUUUUGGUUAUGAAAAUCGUAUACCACAGACUAAUGAUCAUCAUGAUCAUGAUCAUGAUGAUGAUUUAAAUCAUAAAAAUAAAAUACCAAUAAUUGGAACAAUAUUUGAUUCAAUUACAUUUUGGAUAUCAAGUAUUGAUCAAAUUUAUCCAUUGAAUCAAAUUAAAUUAUCAAAUAAUAAAACUAUCAUUCAAACAAAUCUAUCUAUAAGAAGUAAUCAAGAGAGACGAAAACAAUAUACUCAUUCGUGUUAUGCUCCCAGGGACAAAAGACGUCUCAUGGGAAUAAGUUCAUUUAGAAAUACUGGAGAUUCUUCAAUUUUAAAUAGUCGUAAAGAUCCAUCAAAUCAACCUACCAUACAUCAACCACGUAUAAUGGACUCGUACUCUCGUAGAAAUCGUAACGUGAGACCUUUACCGAAGCAAAGAGAUUACAUGCCUAUGUUUCCAGUUGUUCCACACCCGGGAAACUUUUAUAAGUUUGGUUAUCCUCUGACUAUACAAAACCCACCAUUUAGACUUAUGAGUAAUUCUAUUCCAUCUAAAUUUGGUCAUUUAGGAUUACGAUAUUUUAACAAAAAACAAAAUCGACCUAUGAGAAUUCCAAACAGUAGUUACAGACAACAUAUCCAAAGUAGUGUAAAUCCUUAUGGAGUGUAUGUUUAUUUGUCUCCUGAAAUGGCAACAACUAUGCAACAAAGAUCGACCAAUUUUAUGGCUCCUCGGUUUAGAGGGACUAGACGCCGGGUGACAGGAAGAAAAUCAGCAAGGAGUAAUCCCAAAGUUCGAUCUAGAGAAAUAGAUUGUACUAAACCAUAUGAUUUUGAAAUGGCAAAUGCUGAACUAGAAGCCGAGUUGGCUAAAAUGAACUUAAAUACGGAUGAAGAUUCAGUAAGUCGAGAGAACUCGGAGGUAGAUCAAACUGUUAGCGAACGGCCAAUACUGUCGACAGCAGCAAAUAACGCUUCGAGAUUACAAACCAAUCCCAAUACUUUAUCUGGGGAGUCACCUUCAGGACUAGUUAGUUCUACUACGGCCAAUAGCACAAAUGUUCUCAUUUCUGAAAACAAACGUUCAUCUGAGAGUAAAGAAACUCUAUCUAAAGGUGAAUACUAUGUUCGAGAAAAGUGCUUUUAUGAUCAAAUAAGUAGGUCAGAUGGACGACCAAAAUGUCCUACUGACCUUCAUGGUGGACGGAGAAAAUAUAAUAAAUCAACGAAUAGCCAUUAUGAUAUUAGUUUAUCAACACCUGGACGAACAUCCAAUACAAACAAUACCAUGUCUCGAAUUACUCGAGCUUCAUCAUUUAAAAGAGAACGUCUAUUGAAUUUUGAAACUUUUGGUCCAAUGGCAGCUAGGAGACUUUAUUGGUCACAAAGAAAAAGUUCUCAUUGUCCUCGUCACUUAUUAGUUUCUGCAUCAGCAUAG